UCUCUAGUCACUGACGUCAGCUAGAGUCUAGUGAAUGCACCCGAGCGCUGAAGAUCCAGUCUCCAUUCUUGCACGAUAGGCAUCGACGGUGAGGAGUCGCAGCCAGACAACAGGGACUGAUAUCUAAUGGGGACAGUGAAACAAGACUGUUUGAGAUACUGGGACUCUUGUCAAGACUUCAGAAACAGCCGAACACCAGAUUUACUUGUUUCUAUCUGUGGAUAGUGCCUCAACGGAACUGAUACAUUGGAUUCCAAGUGUACAUUGAGAUUCCUGUGAAAGUCCAAUGAUGAUCCUGAAUGCCUCUGAAGUGGAGUGGGAGGAGUUCUCCGGCGCGUCCCCUCUCCAUUUUCUGGACCAAUCAGAUCCACCAUUGACCCCUGAAGCCCCUCCUCUCAGCGUUUGGGGCGUGGCCUUGUGUGUUUCCGGAACUGUCAUCGCUGCUGAGAAUGCCGUGGUCGUGACAAUCAUUUUAGCCAAUCCCUCUCUACGAGCUCCCGUCUUCCUGCUGCUUGCCAGUCUCGGAUUGGCUGAUCUCCUGGCAGGUGUGGCCUUAAUCCUACACUUCCUCUUCCUCUUCUGCGUGGAGCCUAGUGAUUGGUCAGAAUUGCUGAUCUCAGGACUGCUGGUGACAUCAUUGACCGCCUCCCUGUGCAGUCUGAUGGGCGUGGCACUGGACCGAUACCUGUCUCUAAGCUACGCCCUCACCUAUGGCUCUGGCCAAUCACGGCGCUGUGCUGCCGUCUUGCUGGGUCUAGUUUGGGUGGGGGCAUGUAUCAUAGGGGCGGGGCCAGCCCUAGGGUGGCAUUGCCUUGAUGACGUCACUUCCUGCUCCAUUGCCCGACCCCUAACCCGGACAUACUUAUCUCUGCUGUGUGGAGGUUUCCUGGUGGUCGUCGUGGUAACCUUACACCUAUACGCCGGGAUCUGCCGCGUCGCUAGGAGACACGCCCACGCCAUCGCGACCCAGCGGCACUUCCUGCCCCAGCACCAAUCAUACGCAAGCAAACACAGCGGUGGGCGGGGCUUCUCCAGGCUGGCCGUGAUUCUGGGCGUGUUCGUCGGGUGUUGGAUGCCCUUUUCCCUCUACGGGUUGCUAGGCGACGCGUCCAGCCCCCCCCUCUACACAUACGCCACCCUGGUGCCGGCGGCUGGAAGCUCCCUGCUGAACCCGCUGCUGUACAGCCUGAGGAACAGAGACAUUCGCAAGGUGCUUGUCCACUCCUGCUGCCCUCACAGACCCUCCCAGCAGGCGUAUCAGCCCACGGACGUAUAAGGAGCUGGGCAAGUCUUUCGACAAAGCACCAGGACUAUACCACCAGACAUUGUAGUAUGCACAACCAUAGACACGAUCACACGCCACUUGCACACAUGUCCAUCAGAUGAAAUCUCAUCUGAGCUUCAAAAGCAAUCAGAAAGUUUUGAUAUGUCCUGCCGGCCGGCGGACAUCUUGAAACGGUUGACCGUCAUUCACAGGGGUCCAAUACACUGUUUCAUCAUCUCGUGCCUCAUUCUCAAUCAACUGGAACUCAGACAUAGAGAUCCUAUAUAUCUACAUCCAAAUAUCUAUGGAUUAAAUUAACUGCACUUUAUCGUGAUGAUGAUGGAGGGAGGUUAUGCAGAGAGGAGCUCAAACACUGAUACUUUAAUGUUUUCUUGUGUCGUUACUGUGUCAGAGCCAAAUGCCAAUUGAAAAUACUUGAAUUCUUCUAAAAACACAGUGUUUGUUUAUUCGCAUCGAAAGGCACUUUGAUUGUGAGUUCUUGUUGCACAAUGUUGUUUUUUUUAUUUAUAAAUGAAUUCAUGUUUUGUAAUGACAAUUAAAAAAAAACAUUUUGU